AUGCAGGCGGCGGCCGGCUGGGUUCUUGGGAUCCUCGCGUCCCGCUGGUCCGCGCCGGCUCCGCCCGCGGACCCGUCCUGCACCUGCAUCUUCAGCGGGCACGAGCCGAGCUCGGGCGUGCUGAACAUCCUCCGGGAGCAGCUCUCGCGCUGCGGCCCGGAGCACCUCGGGGCGGCCUGCCCCGCGUGCCCGGCCUGCGUGUGCCCGCAGUGCCCGGCCCCAGUGGCUCCGACCGGGGCCUGGGUGCUCGUGGUCCUCGUCGGGCUCGCGAGCUUCGCCGCCGGGGUGGCCGCUGCGUCUGCCUGGCUGCCUCGGGCGGGGCCGCCUCGCGCGGUCCUGCCGCCGCGGGCCCUCGCGGAAGGUCCUGCUGGGGAGCUCGUGGGUGCGGCGACGCCGGCGUCCCUCCAGCGAUGCCUCGUGCGGUACGACGACGACGAGAACUUCCAAUGGCACCACAGGGUCCUCCUCGUCAAGGGGCCGGACCAAUGGUGGGUGUGGGUGACUCCCGACGGCGAGAUCGCGGCAGCCAACUUGGGUGGCUUCCGCGUGUGUGCCCUCCAGCGAGGGGGCGCCUUCCCCGACCGCUACCGUGGCAAUAUGUACGUGUUCGACGACGCCGACGUGGACGCCGAAGAGAUGCACCAGUACUACCGCGAGGCGCGGGCGCUGGGGGACAUCCUCGGGUACCCCGCCUCGGCCGCCCCCCUCGCCCGGGACGAGCGUUGGUUCGUCUCGGACCCGACCUCGGCCCACUACGGCGAGGAGGUGCCCGCGGCCUCAGUUGGCAACGAGGAGGUGCUCAUCCGUCGGGGCGAGGUGGGGAUCGUGCAGAUCGACGACGUGUGGCAGACGGCGGUGCGGGUCGAGGCCGGCGGCUCCUUCGAGGAGUGGCAGGCCCGAGCACGUGGGGGCCCCGGACGGGACCCACGUAUCGCUGGCGACGAGCGCGACGAGGAGAAGGACCGUUUCAUGAGCUUCCGCACCUCCGUGUCGAAGAUGCGGGAGCAGACCAUCCCUGGGUGGCCCCUCAAGGGGAAGCGCGCCACGCGCGAGGCCUGCCUCGCUCUUCGGGAUGCCGGACAGGAGGGUUGGGACGAACACCAUACGACAUGGGUCAGGAGGUCCGGCAUCCCGGAGAAGAGCAACACAGCCCGCGAGCACCGGAUGCUCUGCUCCGUCCUCCGCAUUCUCCAGCAGUUCGACCAGCUGGAUCUCUACAACGUGGCGGGGGUGGAGUACAUGGUGCGCCGCAUGAAGCAGCUGGAGGCUGCCACCAGGCGCAACCCGCGCCAGCCCGACUUCGACGGGCUCGACGUGGUGCUGGAUGCCGCGAUCGACGAGUCUGGCGGCUUCGUGCUCCCGGUGUUCGACGCCUGGGUCGGCGAGCAGCAGCGGUCCGAGGCGGCCAUCAUGAAGGCGGGAAGGCAGUGGCGGGAGGAGACUUCGGCGAGCGGCUCGAAGGAAAAGCCGCCGGAGCAUCCCAAGAAGGCCGUUCGCUCGGUCAACGACCUCUCCCGUGCUUCGGUCCACGGGUUCGGCAGCGUGCCAGCCCGUGGCUCCACCACGCCCGGCGAGCCCUCCGCCACGCAGGCCAGCUGCCUCGCUCACAUGCGUCGCAACAUCGGUCGGCACGGCCCACGGCCGCCUGGGCUCACACCUCGCGGAGCCCUUCAGGAGCUCCUCAAGUCCGACUCGCUGUAUGCCGGGGCGCCCUCCAAAGUCGCGCCCUACAGUGAGGACAAGCUCAAGUUCUGGAAGUCGAAGAUCGUCCCGAAGCGCGUCGAGGACAUCUGCCCCGACUUCGUCGUCCGCGCCUUCGCCGACCCCGAUCGGUACGUGCGGAAGCCGGAUAGGGUCUUCUUGGCCGACGCGGAGGGGCUCGACCCCAUCGUGCCCUACUGGGACCCCCACCUCGCUGGCUCGCGCGACGCGCGGGUCAGGUUUGUCCGACGCCUGGCGGACCGAGGCCUUGUCGGCUACCGUCGGCGUAUUCGUGCUCGCGUGGGCUGCUUCUUCGUCGAGAAGAAGGGAGGGUUCAUCAGGCUCGUGGUCGACGCCCGUGAGACGAAUCGGACCCACUGGAGCCCACCGCACGCUGCCCUCGGGACCCCGGCCGCGCUGGCGGAGCAGGACUGGUCGGACGCUGCCCUGGGAGCCUCCGACGCGACCUCCGCGCCCGCCAUCUACGGUGCCUCGCUCGACCUGGCCGACAGCUUCUACCAGUUCUGCUCGGACGCCCUCGCCGAGGACUUCGGCAUGGACUACCCCGAGUCCGCGUCGGUGUACGGGGCGACGCACGUCUGGGAGGACGGCCACCUCGUCCCCGUCGGCGCCGACGACUUGGUGUUCCCGACCUUCCGUGGCGUCGCCAUGGGCUGGAGUUGGGCGCUGUGGGUCGUUCACUCGUCGGUCACUUCGUGGGUUGGCCACGCGCUCGCGGGCGGGCCUGCGAGCCUCGUCUUGGACCGACAGCCGCCGCGUCCGGCGGCCCCUGGCAGGCCCGCCGGCUCCGUCUACGUCGACAACGUGGGCAUCCUGGGGCUCUCCGCCGCCGAUGCCGCGGCGGGCCUGGCCAGCGUCAUGGAGGAGCUCGACCGCCGGGGGAUCGUGUACCACGAGGUCUGCGAGCCGUCCCUGGAGUUCGGUAUGGUGGGCGUGGUGUACGAUGGCGUCCGUCGGACUCUGCGUCAUUCCGACGAGCGCGCCUGGCGGCUUUACCUCGCCUGCCUGGAGCUGGAGCGCCCGGGCGUGCCCCGCGCCGCGUGGCAGGUGCGGGUCGUCCUCGGACACUUCAUCCAGCACUGCCUUCUGCUGCGGCCGGCCAUGUCCAUCUUCAGGCACCUCUACAGGUACGUGGACGAGUGCCGGCUUGGGCCGCCUUCCGCUCUGCCGGGCCCCGCUCGGCAGGAGGUCCGCGUCUUCCGAGGGCUCAUCUUCCAGGCAGUCGUCGAUCUCGCCGCGCCCGUGUCGGACAUCGUCCUCUGCUCCGACUCCUCCGAGGCGGGCUACGCCCUACAUCGCCGGCGCUGCGACCCCGAUGCGGUGCGCCGACUCGCGCGCCUUCGGGAGCGCUGGCGCUUCACGCCCGACGAGAAGCGGCCCGAGGCGUUGGAGGACGACACCUACACGCCCGGCUGGCUUCCUGGCGCUGGAGGGGUGCUCGGCGAGGGCGACCCCAGCUGCGGCAUCGCGACCUGGGCCCCGCCGCCGAGGCGGGCCGACGAGCGCCCCCACGGCACCGUGCGGGCUCGGGUUGCACAGGCACCGCGGCGUGCGACCUUCGAGGACAUCCCCAACGAGCUCGUGGCCCCAGAGGCCUGGUCGCUUGUCGUGGAGGGUGCCUGGAGGACGCGAGCGCCCAUCCACAUCCUUGAGGCCCGGAUCGCCCUCGCGGGGCUUCGGCACGCCUCCAGGAGCCUCGAGUGCCACGGGCGCCGCGUCCUCAGCCUCGGGGACAACAUGGCCGAGGUGCUCUCGACCGAGAAGGGCCGCGCCGUUGACGUCGGCCUCGGCUCCGUGUGCAGGCGCAGCGCCGCCGUCCAGGUGGCCACCGGCAUCCGCUGGCGGCGCCGAUACCUUGACACGGGGAGGAACGUCAGCGAUGGUGGUUCGCGCAAGGCCCUGCAGGGCGCGUGCCGGCCGCCCCGCGUGACGUGCUCCUUCGGCGAGGUCUUCUCGGGCUGCGGGCGCUGGACUGGUGCCCUGGCCCAGGCGGGCCUCGUCGUCGCGGCCCCCAUGGACAUCAAGCACGGGCCCUGGUGCGACCUCCUCAACCCGAAGGUCGAGUCCCGGGUGCGUUCCUGGAUCACCUCUCGGGCUGUCUGGUUCGUCCAUUUCGGCACCCCGUGCACCCCGUGGUCUAUCUCUCGGCGAGGGGCUCGCGAGGUCUCCGCCAUCAGGGCUGCCCGUCGGUGUGCUCACGUCACGGUGCGUCUCCUGGAGGUCUGCAGCCGCUACGGGAUCCACUGGUCUCUGGAGAACCCUCAGUCCUCGGGCCUCUUCCGCUGGGCCCCGCUCCGGAAGUUCUUGGACCAGCACUCGCGCUCCUGGGCUACCUACCACUGCUGCCGGUUUGGGGCGCCCUACAAGAAGCCCACUACUGUCGUCUCAAGCCUGGGGGCCCUGCACGACAUCGGCCUGCUCUGCGAGGGGGGCCACAGGCACGAGCACCUGUCUGGGAAGGUGCGCGUCCGUACGUCCAAGGGGGGGCUCAAGCAUCAGUGGAAGACCACGUUGGCCGGCGCGUACCCUCCGGGCGUCUGCCACCUUGCCGCCAGCAUCCUGGCGGCAGCGGCGCCGCGUGGCGCCAGGAGGCCAGAUGGUGCUCCACUACUCGAGGAACGAUGGCAGGCUGACCUCUGCCGGGCGGCGGGCUGCGACUUCGGCCCUCGGGCGCUCCCGUGCCCGGCCUGCCCCUCGCGCUGGGCCCCGCUCUGGAGGGCGGACGCCGAGCAGUGGGGCGGCGUCUGGGGGCCCUCGAGGCCUCGCGUCCGGCGGGAGCCCGCUGACUACAACCCAGGCUUCCUCCGGCGCUCGAGGGUCACCGCCACGACCGCCGAGCGGUACCACGCCAGCCUGCACGAGUUCGCCGCGCAGAUGGGCCUGGACCCGGCGCGCUGGACCGCCCGUGACCUCCCCGCCGUCGACGCCGCCCUCGACCGCUUCCUCGAGGAGCUCUUCGUUGCCGAACGGUCGCGGGGCGAUGCUCGGUAUGCGCUCGCGGCUGUCGCCGACCAUUUCAACGUCAGCCUCCGCCAGCCAGGGGUCCUCCCGCUCGCUCGCGCCGCCAUGGCUGGCUGGGGCAAACUGGAGCCUGACUCGACUUCGGACCCCCUUCCAUGGUCGGCCGCUGUGCUGAUGGCGCACCACCUGUCGCGGACUGGCGUCGAGUCCGACCUCGAGGCUGCCCGCGGCCUCGUUGUGCAGUUCGACACCUACCUGCGGCCCUCGGAGCUGGUGCUCAUGCCUCUGGUCGCCUGCUUCACGCCAGGCAUGCACGCUGGCGUUCACUACAACAAGUACGGGAUGGUCGUCGCGCCGUCCAGUCAGGUGGCCGGCCAGCUCAUCGGCAUCCGCACCAGCAAGACUGGCGUGCAGGACGACACCGUCCUCUUUGACGAUGCCAGUCGGCCUGGCGUAGUCGGCGCUUUUGCCGCGCUGGUCCGCCAGGCCCGCCGUGCCCGCUCGCAGACGCUGCUUCCUAGUCACACGUAUGUCUCGUACAAUAGAGUGCUGCAGCGGGCCGCCGAGGCCGUCGGCAUCCCUUUCAAAGUCACGCCUCACCUCGCCAGACACGGAGGCCCCAGUGAGGACUUCCUCCGCCGUGCCAGGUCGUUGCCCGAGAUCCAGGCGCGUGGGCGCUGGGCCUCGUUCCGCAGCGUGCAGAGGUACGAGAAAGCCGGCCGCCUCCUCGCGGCCAUCCGAAAGCUUCCGCCUGCUGUCCGGUCCGCAGCCUGCAAGGCCGAGGCUCGCGGUCUUUCUUUUCUAGCGUGAGUAACUUUUCAUUGAAUCGUUUCUUUGCGGCCGUGGGCCAGUGGAGUGUUAUGGGAAUUUCUCCCCAGCUGCUCUCCAGACUGUGAUACGGGACUUGGUUGGCCGCCGCCUUUUCGGCCCUGGCGAUCCUGGACCUCAGUCGCCGGUGGCCCCUCGGAGCGGCUAGCCUCUCUCUCUCACAAGUCGCCAGCGACGUGGUCGCCUGGAGAGUGGAAAAUACAUCGUCCAGGUGCGACGGGCCGUGGCCCGACCGUUCCCCUCUCGCCCUGUCGAUCUCUCCAUGGCGGCCUCUCUGGUGGGGGCGUUAUACAAGUCAACAUUGUACGUGCUCGCGCGCUAUGUGUUGUCCAGCGGGCCCUCCCCACCGUGUGCCGUACCAGGAUACGGCUGAACAGAACUCUCCUCAGCCCCUGUUUGCUCCCCGCCCGCGUGCCACCCUUUGCACAUAGGUACUGAAUGUUCUGUUAAUGAGCUGCUGG